AUUCAGAAUGGAGUCUGCAGGAAGUCUGAUUCUCGAAGUUGAUGUCAGAAAAAUAUUUUCAUAAUUCUAUGACAACUUUGAGGUUAAAUAGAAAAGGAUAAGUUUGGAUCUUGUAAGAUUUUACAUCUAGUUGAGGACAGUCAGCAAAAAUGGGUUGAUUGUAAACUUAAGGGAAGGCAAAUUCAGUAUGUAGAGUUGAAUCCAAUAUGGCAGAAGCAUCAAGCUCCUUAGGCAACUGUGCUGUAGAUGAUUUAUCUUUGCCUAUUCCACAGUCUCCACAUUUGGAGAGAGUUCAUAUAAGGGAGAGAAGCAACAGUGAAAAUGACCUUACUGCUGGUUCACCACAAAAUCUAUCAUUCCUAGAUGUUAGUACAAGAGCAGUUGAUUUGUCAAAGGACCCAACAAUAAAAGUAACAUGGGACAUAAAAGAAGAUGUGAGUGCAGAUGAUUGGAUAGGUUUAUAUUCUUCAGGGGAAAGUGACAAGUCUAAAUUUUGGGACAGUAAAGGUCGUGGAGGAAAUGGAGGACAGACAGGAGAACUUCUUUGGGAUCUACAUGAUGUAAUGUACAAAUUCACAGAAGAUAAUACCAAAGUUUGUUUUAAGUACUAUAUUGGUAAUAGCAGUCAGAUAGUAGCCACAAGUCCAUCUGUGACAGUCAUCAAUAGUCAAACAGGAAAGAAAUAUACAAAUGAAGAAUACACACAUGCAUUAGUGGAUUACAAGAAGAACAUAGUACGAAUUAUUUUGUCAGAUUUGGAAGCAUGUAACCUGAAGAAGGGAAUGUUCUUUAAUCCUGACCCUUAUGUUAAAAUGACAUUGAUCCCUAGCAAAGUGUAUUCACCACAAGUACAUCACUAUCAGGAAAGAAGAACUUCUAUAGCCAGUAAUACGACUAAUCCACACUGGAAAAAUCAGACAUUUACCCUAGACACCCUACCUGCUGAUGUCAUUGAGUUUGAAAUCAAAGAUAAAUUUGCUAAGAGCCGUCCCACUAUUAGUAGAUUUCUAGGGAAAGCUUCUCUUCCUGUGCAGAAAGUACUUAAUAAAUCAGUUCCAGGGGCUGCUGAAUUUGACUUAGAUUUAACCAGACGUAAUCCAUCAGACAGUGUGUCAGGCUCACUUAGAUUUAUGGCUGAAGUAGAGAUGGACCUUGGAGAACACUUUACAUUUCCAACAGUUAGACAAAAAGCUCCCAACAAACGUCAGGUGUCUCUUCCAGAAGAAAGUUUUAGUUUUAAAAAAUCACCUCAAAUUCAACGGCAUAACACAGAUCCUGAAUCUGUUACUAAUGGCAACUGUGACACAAAUGUUGAUAAUGAUCAGGAAGAUUCUGGCAUAUCGUUACCUCAUGAAAGAAUCCCUGAUGAUGUUGAUAUAGAACUAGCAGAAAAUGAAGCAGAAAUAUUAAGUUGUAGUCCUCCUAAUCUUGCUUCUGUGCCUAGCAUAGUUUGUGGUUACAAUAGUCAUAUAGAUUCACAAAGUUUACGAAGUGAUGAGAUAGGUACAGCACCUAAUAGUGAUAAUUCAGGAGGAAUGGAAAUAGGACCUUCUUUAGGAAAUAAUGGAGCUUUAAAUGGCUUGACAUUUAUUCAUGCAUUUGAUAGUUCAAGUGGGAAUUCUUCAGCAGAAAGAAUAGAAACAUCAGAAUCAGUGUUGGACCGUGAAGACAUAAUGAGCACUGCUAGUUCAUGUGAUGUAGAAGUACAGCUAACAUUAAUGGGAGUAGAAGGGGGAAAUGAUGAGACUGCACCCCCUCCUGUGUUACCUCCCAGAACUUACAAAGCUCCACCACUACCCCCUCGAAGUAGGAAUAGUGAUGCCCCUCCUUUACCCCCAAGGACUCCAGAAAGGACACUAGAGAAACCACCCUUUCCCAAAUCUUCUGUGAGUCCAGUGGCAAUAUCUGAAGGCCAUUCAUUAGAGUUACCUCCCCCUCCUUUGCCACCAAGGACAUACAGUCCUAUCAGUCUGACAUCUAAUUCUGAUGAGUUAUCUCUUCCAGCAUUGGCAGAGGCUGCAGUAGAGGAGGAAACAAAAGACAGUUUUGAUAGUACAGAGGCAUUCUUGGGUUCAAAUGACAGUGGUGGCUCAGAAGGGGCUGUGGGUGGUCCAGUCAAUGUAAAAAAAGAAUCUCCACAUAAUAUUAUACGGACAAAACAUGGUUCACUAAAGGGUGGAUCUACUCAUAAAGUAGAAAUAUCCAGAGCUUCAACCAUUGAUAAUUCUAACUGUGAUUUAGUUGUGAAACAAAAAACAAGGAAAACACAUAGUGAUCCAACAAAAAAUGACACGUCAUCAACAAGUGAUAUUAAUUUGUCAGAUUCUAGUAGAAAUUUAUUUGCUCAGUUAUCUUCCUUGCCUUCUAUAGAUUCUGUUGUGUCUGCCAGUCAAUGCAAAAGAAACACUUCUGUUAGUCAUUCUGUAGAAUGUAGUCCAAGAUCAAGUCCUGUGUCAGUCAUUACGUCAUAUUCAGACUCAGUCACAGAUAAAACACGUCACAAACAUAAACAUAGUUGUGGUGAUAGGACUUAUAAACAAAGUGAUUCUGUACACACAACACCAAUUCGGCCAGUUUGUGAUAGGACAUCAGUGUCAGCUUCUCCUCCCAGGAUAGUGCCAAGAACACGAAUGCUUAGUGAGGAGGAAAAACAACAAAAUAGACAACAUAUUGUGCAACAACUUCAGCAAUGGACAGAAAAACAAAAACACAAAUCAAAAGCAGAAUCUAUUAGUGGCCAGGAUAGUAGUUUUUCAGGUUGUGAGAAUUCUAGUGUUAGUAAUGAAACGAUGGAAAAUGUAUCUGGGAUGUCUUCGUUAGAAUCAGUAUCUCCUGCUGUGCAUGAUCAGACUGCUAGUCAAGGUGCAACAGCAAGCCCAGUAAAUGGUACCUCAGAAGAAAAACAAUCUACUGCAGUUGUGUGGCAGUUACGUCAGCCUCAACUUCAGCCACAAGCAUCAACUUCAGCACAAAUCCCAGAGCCACAGUCACCUCUUCCUAAAUUACCAGCCAGGAAAAAGUUCCAGAAGGUAGACCCAACACAUGGGGAUGACCCCUUACCUCCAGGUUGGGAGGCAAGAGUAGAUAGUCAUGGGAGGAUAUUCUAUAUAGAUCAUAUCAACAGAACAACAACAUGGCAGAAACCAUCUAGUGGUCAGAACACCAUACAAAGACGUCCUACAAUCAGCUCAGAACAAAGACAACAACUGGACAGACGGUAUCAGAGUAUCAGAAGGACAAUCAAUCAACGACCAGAACCUGAACCACCAAGUGCUGAGAACACAUCAUCUGGUGGCAGUGAUGGUAGUCCCCAGACUUCAGCCCAGGCUAGAGUACCUCCUCCACCCACCAUGCCUGUACCCCCAAUCCCCACACCUGUGGUGCCAGAACCGGACGAUGCCCGUCCACCAGCGAUCAAAUUUUUACUCAGGACAGAUUUCUUCCCUCUUUUACAGCAAAAUGAUAGGGCAAUGGCUGAAUACAAUAGAAAUGGCACUUUAAAGCAUAUGAUACACAAAACACGAAGAGACUCCAAAAAUUUUUACAGGUAUCAACAUAAUCGUGAUUUGGUAGCUUUUGUUAACCUGUUUUCUGAUAGCAGUAAAGAAAUGCCUCCUAACUGGGAAAUGAAGUUUGACAGGGGAGGCAAGAUGUUUUUCAUAGAUCACAAUAAAAGAUUAACAACAUUCCUAGAUCCCAGACUACCUACAGAUGUCCCUCCUAUCAAUACAGAUUUCCUACAUGCAAAUCUUUUUACCGGCAGAAAUCGUGGAGUUAGGGUUGUUGAUGAUUCACCAAGAAAUCAUAGUUCUGUAGCUUCACAAGCCCGACCUCCUGUACAUGAACCAGAUGUCCCUACAACUUACAAUGAAAAAGUAGUAUCUUUUCUGAGGCAGCCAAAUGCAGGUGACAUUUUAAAAGAAAAAUACCCAACCUAUGCAUCGACUUCUAAGUUAAGAGACAAAGUCAAUAAAAUACAGUCUGGUGGUACUGAAGCACUGGAGAGAAUGUGCAAUGACUUGGAUCUUAUCUUAUUGUUAAGUGUUUUUGAGAAUGAUAUUAUGUCUUACAUACCCUCCCAGCUGUUGCAACCCCCAAGACCUGAUUCUCCAGUUGAAACCAGUCAAGGAUCUCCAAAUAUUCAAAGAGUCCGAGUACAUGCUCCACAGAAGAGAGAUUUUCAAGCAAAGUUACGCAAGUUCUACAAACAACUAGAAACCAAAGGCUAUGGACAAGGCCCAUCCAAAUUAAAAUUAAUGGUCAGAAGAGAUCAUGUUUUAGAGGAUGCUUUUAAUAAAAUAAUGUCCACACCAAAGAAAGAUCUGAUGAAAAGUAAACUUUACAUUACUUUUGUUGGAGAAGAAGGGUUGGAUUAUGGUGGUCCAGCUAGAGAAUUUUUCUUCCUGUUAUCUCGAGAAUUGUUUAAUCCAUAUUAUGGCCUGUUUGAAUACUCAGCUAAUGAUACAUACACUGUACAAGUCAGUCCUAUGUCUACUAUUGUAGAAAACCAUCAUGAAUGGUUUCGAUUUGCUGGGAGAGUACUUGGACUAGCUGUGGUGCACCAAUAUCUGUUGGAUGCUUUCUUUACCAGACCUUUCUAUAAAGCUUUAUUGAGAAUACAAUGGUCACUGGGAGAUGUUGAAACUUUAGAUGCAGAAUUUCACCAGAGUUUACUGUGGAUUAAAGAGAAUGAUAUUACUGACCUGGAUAUGGAUCUGACAUUUUCUGUUAAUGAAGAAGUUUUUGGACAGGUUACAGAGAGGGAAUUAAAACCAAAUGGAAAAUCAUUGUCUGUAACAGAGAGAAAUAAAAAAGAAUACAUAGAAAAGAUGGUAAAAUGGAGGUUAGAAAGAGGUGUCACAGAACAGACAGAAAGUGUAGUUAGAGGAUUUAAUGAGGUUUUAGACAGUCGUAUGGUAGCUAUGUAUGAUGCUAGAGAACUAGAACUGGUUAUAGCAGGAACUGUUGAGAUAGAUGUAAAAGACUGGCGAAGAAACACAGAAUAUAGGUCUGGUUACCAUGACCAGCAUCCUGUUAUACAGUGGUUCUGGCAGGCUAUAGAAAAGUUUGACAAUGAACGUAGACUCCGUCUCUUACAGUUUGUAACUGGGACAUCUAGCAUACCAUAUGAGGGAUUUUCUGCUUUAAGAGGUAGUAAUGGACCUAGGAAGUUUUGCAUAGAGAAAUGGGGUCGUACAACUAGUCUUCCGAGAGCUCAUACUUGCUUCAACAGAGUGGAUCUUCCCCCUUACACUUCAUUUGAUAUGUUAUAUGAGAAACUGGUUACUGCAGUCGAAGAAACAAGUACCUUUGGAAUAGAGUGAAGAAGACAUCUACUGAUAUACUGUUAAUCAUCUAGUGCAAUAUAGAAAGUGGUGAACUUCAGUAAUCAUAUCAAUAUUAUUGCUGCACAAAAAAUUGACUUUCAAGUUCUGCAAUAUGUGGCAUCAAAUAUAGAUAAACCUAUCUUCACAUUAAUAACCUUGACUGGGUUGCACAAAUGUCAUUUAAGUUAAACGUUUUAACUUUAUGUUUGGAAUAAAUCAUGAACAAAUUUAAUAAAGUUAUUCGACACUUAAAAUUUAAGUGUCAUUUAACUUUAAUUGACUUUAUGCCUGAAUAUUCACCACUGGAAUUAAGGAGUCAGCAAGGAAUUACAAGUAAUACCAUGUAACUUUAAAUACAUUUAAAAAUGAACAAUAGUUUCUUGCAAUAUUGUUUCUACAUUUAUAUUUUCUAAGAUAGAUAAAAACAAUAUUAUAUAUAUAUAUACAUAUGAAAUAUAGAUUUACAAUCUUUUUGGGACUUAUUUGUAAGUUUGCAAGAAUGCAAAAAGGCAUUAAAACUAUACGAUUCUUUUUUUUUAAAUGUCAGAAUAAUGAUUAAGUUGGCACAAUAGACUAAUUUUUGAAAAUGGAACACGGUAUGCUUUAAAUGCUUUUUCUUUGUUAUUUGUUAAGAUAUGAAGACAAGACGAGGUACUAAAUAUAAGAAGAAGCACCAAGCUACUGCUAUGAUGCACUUACUCAUAAUACAAAUACGAAAUAUUAAAUAGGUACCAUAUUUCUAGAAACUUUUCUUUUUUUUUUUUGCAAUUUUCUAUCUUCGAAAUUAAUACUUUCAGAGACAGUGCCCCAAAUUUCUAAUAUCAUGUUCCACAAUUCAUUAAUUGCUGGAUCUAUUUUCAUUCAAAUGAACUUUUUUAAUCCCAAAUAUUCAAAAUUUAUUUAUUUUUUAACCGAACCUUAAGUAAAAAAUCUCAGACCCACUUAAUGUAACAUUUUUUAUGUUCUCUCUGAUAAAAUAAACAGAUCUUUAGUAUCUCUCAAGUUGAUCGCUAGUUUUAGACUGGUGUACAGACAAAAUUUCUUCCAUACAUAGUCAUUUAGAAAUGUUGAUAUGAUGACCAUUUUACCAACUCUUUUGAAAAUGGUUCUGCACUAUCUCUCCUUUAAUCUGGAACUUCAUUUUUUUAAUAUCUUCUAAAAUAAGAAAGUUAUUGCUAUUUGAAUAUGGCUACCCUAAAUUACACUUGUGCUAACUUAAGAAAAGUAUUAGCUCCGACUUGUUGAAACGAUUUGUUUGUGAUUUUAUUGUAGUGACAUCAUAAGGUCAACUUGCUGACUUUAGAAAACAAUCUAAAUUCAAUAAAAUAUUAAGGAAAAUUAAAAGAGUACAAACUUUGCCAAAAAUACUCUUCUACCAACAAGUAGGUUAGCUCAAAAACUCUAAGAAUAUUUAAGUGGGUGAGCUUUGAAAUUUGUAUUGUUUUUCAGAUUUGGUGAGUUUAAACUUUUAUAUACUUUUGACAUUUGACUGUAAUUAUUGUUAUGACUCUUUAAACUGACUGUAAAAUGGGAUGCAUAAGACAAAACAAAUAACAUCAAUUUAUUGUAGUACUUAGAUUGAACAUGUAAUUCUCAAAAUUGGUUAAAGUUUUGAUAAGUUUUAACUCUAGUCCCUAUUUGCCAUUGGUAAAUUGAAAUAUUUAAAUUUAUGCAUACCAUAAUUUUUUUUAGAAACUUUUUUCUGGGCAUUGUGUUAUUUUGAUACAAAGAGUUGUGAUGUUUAUUUUCCUCUCUGUGUAUUUUGAGAUAGAAAAUAAAUUUCUAAUGCUAGCUUAUUAGUAGAAUUAUUUAUAGGCCAAAGAAACAAUGUCUUUUAACAUUUCAAUCAGAUUUAAAUCUAAAUGUAUAUUGGGGAUUAUAGAAGUAUAUAAAACUAGUGUAUUUAUAUAAUUAUUUAUAAGCCAAAGAAAAGAACAAUUUCUUUUUCCAUUUCAGUCAAAUCUACAUAGGCAUUUGUUUCUCAAAAGGUUGUUUGUUUUACAAACAUUAGUUAUUUGAACAUUUGUUCCAAAUUUACUGGUAAAUCUAAUGACUUUUUUGAAAUUGAGGUUAGAAGCCUGAUAGAUAUAUUUAUGCAUAAUCAUUGUAUGUAUUACUUGUUUAGUCAACAUCUGAAUUAAUCUCUAAUAAAGCAAAGAUACACUGGUGUAUGUAUAUAGAAUAUUUGUUGAGAUAUAAUAAACUAACAGACUGUAGAUGGCUAUUUGUUAAGAACAUAUAGACAGUGCUUGUUUUCCAAGAUGUACCAAUUUCAUUUCUUCUAAGGCAUGGUAUAUGUCUUAAUCUGUAACCAAUUGAUAUUAGGGUUUUCUAAUGAUAUCAUUUCUACAAUCUAAUUAAAAUCCAAUGUUGUGAAACGCUAAGCUCCCUCUAACCCUCUCUCUCCUAUUUUUUAAGUCCAAAACACCCCAUUUCAAGUCCAGUCUUUCACUCGUGGCUGUCAAUUUUUUUCUUUCUGUGACUUCUCUUCUCUCCUUGUCCAGCUGUUUACCCACGGCUGUCUAAUUUUUUAACGGGCCGCCUGUUUAAUUUUUAUUUCUAGGGUGGAAAGUAUCGUAACGAAAAAAUUAACAGCUGAUUUUAAUGAGAUUUACAAUUUUACAGUUAUACCUAUGAACAGUAGACUCUAAAUAAAAAUAUUAUUAAAAUAAUCUAGGUUAACGUUGUAGUUAACAGUUUAAUGCAUUGUUGUAAAGCUUUUAAGCUCUCAUGAUUUUUUUAUGUAUUUCAACCUUCAUUCAUUUUUCAUGAAUAAUCAUUUAUAAGUUGUUUUAUAUGUACAGAAGCCAAAGUUAUAUAUAGUCUAUCAUCUAAUUUAAAACAAUGUUGUCAGAAUUAAUUUAUCUAUUUGUAUGAUAGCAAUAUUUGUUUAUUAGGAUAUUUUGUGUAUGUUUAUACAUAUGAAUUUUGUAAUAUUGUUGUUUACAUGACCAGAAUGCAUGGUCACUUAUGUGUUCUAUAGAUGUAAACAAACAGACCUAAAAUAUGGAAAAAAAUAAAUUAAUUUAAGCAUUA